AUGUCCUCGCCUCAACACUUCUACGGCUCGCUCUCCAGCGGCCGAGCCGUGUCUCCACCGCCAGAGUCUCGCUCAGAUGGAAGACGAGCUGCCAGCCCGCAGAGCCACCAGCUCGAGCAGGAUCUCGAUGCCGCCCGUCAGAUGAGCAAGGCACGUGGUAACGACCCCAGCCCCCCGCGCGGCAGCUUCUCCGACGACCAGGCAGAGCCCUACUUCCACGAAGGCAUCAACAGGAGCCCUGCGGCCGUCCCUGUUCGAACUCCCGCACCACCCUCCUCAGCCAUUGCUGCUCGCUUCUACCAGCACAAUCGCAACGGCUCCAACACCAGCCUCGACAGCCAGCACCACUACAUCGACCACCGCCACCAGGCACACUCGCUCAGCAAUGUCCACUCGCCUUCCGCCCUGCGUGCCCGUUCGUCGCUCUCGCGCACACCCAUGCGUAGCCCCAAUGCCUACUUCCCCUCCAGCCGCACCACCGAACACGCUUUGAUCGACGACGACCAAGAGGAUGUUGGUGGCGAGUCUUCCCACAUCUCCCGCGGUCCUCAGCAUGCGCGAGGCAACAGCCACCAGUCUCGCUCCAUCCACUCGGACGAUCUCGUGCACCUCGACGACCACGACGACGAUCCGCCCCGCUUCCUCCGUCGUGGCUCCGGCGCCGAAGACGACGUCUGCUUCCCCAUGCACGACUCGCACACAUCCGAGGGCCGUCCGCACGAGCCUCGUCCCGAGCAGCUGCACGCCGACGUCCGUCAUGCCUACAACACACGACCCGACAACGGUGAGAUGCCGCUCGGCUAUCCAUUCACGUUUGAUCUCGACGCCCUCGAGGAGUUUGCCUCGGAAGAACGCGACCGCAUCGGCCUCGCAUCGUCGUACAACGCAGCCGCUUCGCCCGACCAGGUGCUUCGUCAACGCGGCGCGGCUGCACAGAAGCCUGCCGGCCCAGGCUACAGCAUCUCGCCGGACAGUGAUGACGCCACGUUCUACAGCCGCCGUCCGCGCAAGCUCAGCACCUCGGCAGGUGCGUUUGGCAGCAGCAAGUACCAGCGCAAGCUUGCGCUCUUCGAAGGCGGCGGAAGCGCACCGCCUCCCGUGGCGGGCGCGGCUGCGUCCAACAGCAUCAUGGGUGGCUCCGCACUCAUCACGGGCGAGGCAAAGCGCUCCGUCGACGUCAACACCCCGCUGCUCGACAACGACACGCUCCCAUCCUACCACGGCGGCGCCAACACGGCUUCGCGCAUCCAUCCUUCCCAGUCCCAGAGCGGCUUCGGACCCACCACGCCAGGUGCAGCGGCACAGACGCGCGCCAGGUCGCAGACGGGCGCGUACAGCAACCGAGAGAAGCCGUACCGUUUCACGUUCUACUCGAACGCCUUACCGUCGACCAUCCACGCACGCCACCUCUCGGAGCUCCCCGCCGAUGGACAGACCUUCGAGGAGCUCUUCAGUGGCCGCAGCAAGAGCAGCGACCACUCGCCUCCCACCGAGGGCAGCCAGAGCCGCAACGCCAGCCGUGCACCCACGAUCAACGCCGCGACGGCGCGCAUGGCGUCGCUCGGCCAGACGUUUGGUCGCAUGGAGGGCACCACCGCACCGCCUACGGGCUCCAACACGCCCGUUCACACGGGCGAGGAGGCGGCGAGGGCCAUGGGCGGUCUCAGCGCCAGCAGGACCAAGGCGCUGCCGGGCGGCGGCAUCCGCAUGGAUCCGGAUCCGGAGGCCAACACGUGGUGGCUCGACGUGCUCUCGCCCACCGACUCGGAGAUGAAGCUGCUGAGCCGCGUGUUUGGCAUCCACCCGCUCACCACCGAGGAUAUCCUCAUGGAGGAGACGCGCGAGAAGAUCGAGCUGUUCCGCAACUACUACUUGGUGUGUUUCCGGUCAUUCGACCAGGAUCCGUACAGCCCGACGUAUCUGGAGCCGCUGAACAUGUACAUCAUCGUGUUCCGCGAAGGUACGCUCUCGUUCCACUUCCGCGGCACGCCGCAUCCGCAAAACGUGCGCAGACGCAUCAAGCAGCUCAAGGACUACAUCAACGUCACCUCGGACUGGAUCUCGUAUGCGCUCAUCGACGAUAUCACCGACGCCUUUGGUCCGCUGAUCCAGUCGAUCGAGUACGAGGUAGACUCGAUCGACGAGCUCGUGCUUAUCCUCAAGGAGGCCGAGCAGUCGGACAUGCUUCGGCGCAUCGGCACGUGCCGUAAGAAGGUGAUGGGCCUGUUGAGGUUGAUGGGCAACAAGGCGGAUGUGGUCAAGGGACUCGCCAAGCGCUGCAACGAGAAUUGGUCCGUGGCACCCAAGUCGGACAUUGGACUGUAUCUGUCCGACAUCCAGGACCACCUGAUCACCAUGACGCAGAACUUGAACCACUACGAAAAGAUUCUGUCGCGCUCGCACUCCAACUACCUCGCCCAGAUCUCGAUCGAGAUGACCGACGCCAACAACCAGAUUAACGACGUGCUCUCCAAGCUCACCGCGCUCGGUACGGUGAUUGUGCCCAUGAACGUCAUCACCGGUCUGUGGGGCAUGAACGUCAACGUGCCCGGCCAGGAUGUGACGAACCUGCACUGGUUUGCCGGCAUCUGCUCGGUUAUGGUCGUCAUUGCGGUUUCGGGAUACAUUGCCGCUACGAGGUAUCUGGAACGCUCGCGAUGA